CAUAUAAUAGCAGUACAGACAGCCGGGAUUUGCCAGUCAAGAUGAUGAACCUUAACCAGAUCCAUAUAUUAAUAGUUUCAGCGAUAAUAGUUUUAUUGUCGAGUAUUUCCUGCAGUAACGCCAAUAAAACAAAUAGUUAUAAUAGCAGUACCGUGGUACUUGUCCAUGUGCUUUUCAGACAUGGCGAAAGAACUCCCGGUAAAUAUGACUUAUGGAAAAGUAACCCAUACUACAAUGAAAGUUAUUAUAAACCAUAUGGUUAUGGACAACUAACUAAUGAUGGAAAGGAACGAAUGUAUAAUGUGGGCGUGGAGUUACGGGAAAGGUAUGCAGACUUUUUGGGAACAGACUGGGAUAUUGGCGUCACAGAUGCAUACACAACAAACAGCAACAGGACCAAAAUGUCCAUAUCUCUGGUUUUAGCAGGUUUGUUUCCGCCCAGCGGAUCUCUAGUAUGGAAAUCGGAUCUAUCUUGGCAGCCCAUUCCGUAUAAUUACCUACCAGCAGAACAAGAUAAGGAGCUUUCAUCUUGGGCUUGUUCUACAGUCUUACCAUUGAUUUACAACACAUCUAGUACUGCUGAAAGAUUAAAAGCUUACGAUGGUCUUAUAAAAACUCUUUCUGAAGGCACAGGUGAAGAAGUGGAUUAUAUUUCCGCUCUGUAUUUGUACUUUGGAAUGCGAAUUCAGGAACAACUUGGACUUCCUUUAGAAAACUGGACACAAGCCAUAUAUCCUGAACCUUUCAAAUCAUACAUCAUCGAUUUUUACUAUAUCGAAACCAGUACAGAACCUUUAAAAAAAGUUAUAGCAGGUUACUUUCUUAAAAAGAUAUUAAACGACAGCCAGAGAAAAAUAAAUGGCACUCUAGAACCAUCAGACAGAAAAAUAUACUUAUAUUCCGGACAUGAAACAAACCUAGGAACGGUUAUUGGUGCUUUAGAAAUACUGACCUUGAAUGAUAUUCCACCAUAUGGAUCGUACUUGGCGUUCGAGGUGCACAAUAUCGACAAUGUAUAUGGAUUAAAAAUAUAUUAUCAAACCCAUGAAAAUGAUGAUCCUACUUUACUGACACUACCAGGAUGUCAAGAAUUUUGCCCAUUUGACGAUUUUGCGAAACUUCUUUCAAAUAUUAUACCCCAAUCGGACAGUGAGUGUGACGGAUAAUAACGAUUAUUAUUAUGAAAAUCUUAUUUGUACAUGUUUAUCCUCUGUAAAGCAACAAUUUGUUAUAAAAUGAUUGUAUCAGA